AUGCACCAUGAUGACAAAGGACAGGUGGGGCGCUGCCAAGUUCGUUCUGGGGUCAAAGUCUUUGUGUGCAACGACUAUGUUUUCACGGACGCUCUCAAGCAGCUGCAAGAUCAUCGCUCCGGCUUCAUUUCUUACCUGACACAUGAAGAAUUCUUGGAUGUGACCGCUCCGAUGUUCCCCAAAGACACAGAGGAUCCACACAAAAUGGUUGUUCUGAAGCGCUCUAACAUCCUUGUCAGUGCCGGCAAGUGUUUGCUUCUCCGUCGCUUUACCCAAGAGGAGAUCACGGUUCCAUGCCUCAGCAUGGGUGCUUCUGCUGAGUUUCUGAAACCUUCCAGUGGUGACAGGUAUCAACAGUACCGCGACACCAAUGUCUCCAUGCAUCCGAAUUUCCACCGACAUGUGCAGUGGGAGGCUGACUAUGUCAACGCAAUCCUCAAUGGUAAAUCGCCGCCUCGUCCGGGCAUCACCAUCAGAAACAGUACGAUCAUUGACUUAGACGGUCCACCGCCAAAGGUUUCGCGCAGGAACUCUGCGAUCGACGUGCAUUCCGGCGAGAUCCUUGCAGAGAAAAUGGACAGGCUUGCGGAGACAGAAGAGGAUCUUUCGCACGCUACCGAUCGCGAGAUUCUCAAGAUCCUCAUCGAAGAUCGUGUUCUACCAGACUUGAAGGGAGCAGCAUGCCCUCAUUGGCAGCAUGGAAAACUCAGUGUUCUCACCACCAACGGUCGGGACGACAUUCUCCGAUAUCGCUGCAACCGACAGGGCUGCCAGCGAUACUUUCUUCCUCAACACCUGCAUCCCAUCUUCACUGCCACGAAAGGACCCGAAGGCAUCCACUACAAGUUCAAGCGGUUGCACUACUACUCCGCUAUGUCCAGCAAGAAGAAAAUCAAAUUCGGAGGGUGUCCCCGCGCGUGGACGGAGGUUGAGGCCGACGAGGCAACCGUCGACAAAAAUACUCUUACACCGGAGGAAGACAUGCAUGAUGACGGCAAGCCUGUUCUUUGGGAACAAUGGGGUGCAAGCGUUCAGCGAGGCAAUCCACAGUCACAGACCCUGGUCCUGCCGAAGCUCAAUCCGGCGAUGACCGUUCCCAAAGCACCCGGUCCGGGGCCAUCAGGAAGGCCAAUUGGAAGCCACUUGCCCGCCGACUCCUCAUGA